ACCGUACCAGCCAACACCAAGACCACAAACUAUCAGUUCCAUACUUCCUUAGGACGCGCUAAUUUUUCCAUGGGAAGAACUCCAAAGGGUUUUUAUGGACCGCUAAGCGUUGAAACAGGUACUGAUAACCGAAUCCCUCGACCUUACAAGUAUCACAGGCAACGGGCCUCGACUGAACGCAUUUCCGUUAACUUGGACUCAGCACCAUGUCAUCUUUGUCAUGGAUCGCUGACUUUUCCUCUGGUUCGAAGGAGACAAGAGCCUUCCCAUCGUUCUGAUGCACAAAUUUUUCUUUUUUUUAAGGGGGGGGGCGUGUUCUUAUGGAAUCUGUUGAAGGAAUAUCUCAGGCAAGAAGAACUCUCCUUCCGCCUGCUCCGAUCUGCAGCCAGCGUUUCCUCCCUGCAGCACUGUCGAUGGUUUUGCUUUUUAGAAAAGACGGACAUGCUAUCUUCAAUGUUGCUCCCUGAUCACCGAAAGGACUACUUGCUUCAUCUUUACAGUGGACGGCGCGUGGUAUAUUCAACUCUACCCCAGAAUUAAGACGGCGAUGCGUAUCAGCAAGCACUGCCCAAUGCUGCGGCUGCAGGGGACCCAAUACUCGAUUACAAAACGUACGCUGAGAGCUGUGAUUGUACCCUCGUUAGAUGAAACUAAUUUAGCUACAUGACCUUUCGUUUCACAACGUUGUCCAAAGCCUUUGGAGGCCGUCUCUACGUAACAAUUAUCGAAUUAUCGAUAUCGUUUCGGAUGCAUACGGUAUG